AACUACUUAUAGUAGAAAUGAGAACCAAUAUGAAGAUGUCUUCUAUAACCACACUUUUAAUCACUCUUGCGGUGGUUAUAGUUUCUUUAAGCUUGCCGUCGCAGACCACCGCCACCUACCAUUACUCAUCUCCACCACCCCCUCCACCUAAGAAAUCCCCACCACCACCACCACCUAAGCAACAUUAUGUUUACAAGUCACCACCACCACCUUCACCGGUUUACAAGUCACCACCACCCCCGGUUCACAAAUCACCACCUCCACCGGUUUACAAGUCACCACCACCACCAAAGAAACCCUAUGUUUACAAAUCACCACCUCCACCACCCCCUGUCCACAAGUCACCACCUCCACCGGUUUACAAAUCCCCACCACCACCGGUUCACAAGUCACCACCACCCCCGGUUUACAAAUCCCCACCACCACCGGUUUACAAAUCCCCACCUCCCCCGGUUUACAAAUCACCACCACCACCACCGGUUCACAAGUCACCACCACCCCCGGUCUACAAAUCACCACCACCACCUAAAAAGCCUUAUGUAUAUAAAUCCCCUCCACCACCCCCGGUCCACAAGUCACCACCACCCCCGGUUUACAAAUCCCCACCACCACCUGUUCACAAGUCACCACCACCCCCAGUUUACAAAUCUCCACCACCACCUAAGAAGCCUUAUGUAUACAAAUCCCCUCCACCACCCCCUGUCCACAAGUCACCACCACCUCCGUUCUACAAAUCACCACCACCACCGGUUCACAAGUCACCCCCACCCCCGGUUUACAAAUCUCCACCACCACCGGUUCACAAGUCACCACCACCCCCGGUUUACAAAUCUCCACCACCACCUAAGAAGCCUUAUGUAUACAAAUCCCCUCCACCACCUCCAGUGAAAAAGCACCCACCACCACAUUACAUCUACAGUUCACCACCUCCUCCUUACCACCACUAAGUGGUGCUUGUUGUGUUUAAGUUCUUUUCAUUCUUGCAUGAAUAAAGAUAUAUAAAAGAUUGAGAUUUUACUUCGGACCUUCCUAGAGAUGAAGAAAAACCAUGGAGGACAAAGUUGUAUGGAAGGGAUUUUAGUUUCAUGUAAUCAAUAAAUAGUUGUUUCACAUUUUGUGUUUGAUAAUAAAGCAAUAAUAGCAAAACAUAUUCUUGUAUAUCA